AUGGUGAGGCCUAAGGAUAAAUUUUGGCAACAUGUAGAGCAAUGUGGUUCAAACCGUUUUACAUGUAACUAUUGUGGACUUAAUUACACUGGGAGUGUUUCAAGAGUGAAAGCUCAUUUGGCUUGCGUACCUGGCCAUGAUGUUCAAAUUUGUUCCCAAGUGCCUGAGCACAUUCUAGCUGAAGCCCUUGUAGAAUUUAAUUUGAGUGUGAGUAAGAAGAGAAGGAGUGAUACUAUAGAAAGAGAAUUUGGUUCCUCAAACAACACACCUACCAUGCCCCAGAGUAGGAGUACCCAUCAACCCACGAUGGUAGAGAUGGUUGCUAAGCAUGACAAGAAGUCAUUGGACAUGUUGGUAACUGAAUUUUUUGUCAAUAAUAACAUUUCGUUCAAUGUUAUUCAAACAAGUUCUUUUAUUGAUAUAAUAAAGGGUGCAUGUGCGUAUGGGCCAACUUAUGUUGUACCUAGUUAUAGCAAUCUUCGUGGCAGUUUGAUUCCUGGGAAAAAGGUAGAUGUCAUGCAAUAUGUAACAAGCAUAAAGGAGACAUGGGGUAUCACAGGUUGCACAAUUAUGUCUGAUUCUUGGACUGACAUAAAGAAGAGGUCUUGGGUCAAUGUGAUUGCUUACUCUCCUGGGGGUGCUGUGUUUUUGAAAUGUAUUGAAUGUGGUAUAAAUAGAUUAACUUCGACAUUUCUUUUUAAUGAAAUUUCUGAGGUCAUUGAAACAGUUGGACCAAACAAUGUUGUGCAGUUCAUUUCAGAUAAUGGUGCUAACUUUUCUUCUUGUGGUGAUAUGUUGACGGGAAAGUGGCGUCAUUUAUAUAGAACAAAUUGUGUUGCGCAUGGGAUUAAUUUGUUUUUGAAAGAUAUCCACAAGCAUGUGAGAUGGGUAAGCGAUGUGAUUGAAGAUGGGAAGCUUGUAGUGGAUUAUUUUCAUAGGCACACAGGUAUUCUAGCAUUGAUGAGGCAAUUCACAAAUAACAAAGAGAUUAAGCAGCCUUGCAAAACAAGGUUUGCUACUCAUUUUCUUAUGCUUCAAUCUCUCAUUGUAGUUGAGAACGAGUUGAGGCUUUUUGUGGCAUCAUUUGAAUGGAGAUCCUUUCAAUUCAACAGAGCUGAAAUGACUGUAAGAACUGUUAGGAUUAUUUAA